CAGAGUGAUAAGGGGUCAUCAGUGCACGCAACUACCAGAUAGCGUAUAGAAAAUCUCGCAAAUCAUGGCCUCGAAACAGGACGAUCGUAUCGACGUCAAGAACGAUGUCGAACACGUCGACGAUACGGCGGACGAACAGGGGCUCAAGAACGUCCCGGUAAAGAAACACGAGCAGGAACAUGGGGACCUGUAUGACGAGGCGCUCGAACGGUACGGAGAGGCGGGUGAGCUCGAUCCGGCGGUGGAGAAGAAGCUGUUGAGGAAGAUCGACCGGUGUAUCAUUCCGAUCUUGGGGAUCUGUUACUUUUUCUACUACGUCGAUAAGACCACCUUGUCAUAUGCGGCCAUCUAUGGUAUCAAAGGCGAUCUCAACCUGGCGCCGACCGAAUACUCGUGGCUCUCUUCGAUCUUCUACUUCGGCUGGGUUUUCUGGGCUAUCCCGAGUAACCUGAUCAUGCAACGUAGUCCGCCGGCUUAUUACCUCGCCUUUAACAUCUUUAUGUGGGGCGUCUUGCUUUGUUGUCAAGCGGCGGCCAAGAAUUUCGGGACGUUGGCUGCGCUGAGGGUGUUGAGUGGGGCAUUCGAAGCCAUUGCCGAUCCAGCUUUCAUGCUCUUUACCAGCAUGUACUAUACCCGAGCCGAACAACCUUCCAGGAUCUCGGCUUGGUACCUCUUCAACGGGAUCGGCGUAGCAGGCGGCGGUCUCAUCGGGUACGGUAUCGGGCACAUCAAAGGAGCGCUGGCUUCCUGGCGUCUAGAAUUCUUGAUCGUCGGAGCGGUCUGUGCGCUAUGGGGGGUGGUCAUCGCACUCACGCUGGCGAAUUCGCCGUUGACGAGCAGGUGGUUUAGUAGGGAGGAAAAGGUGAUGAUGUUGGCGAGGAUGAGGAGGAAUCAGACGGGGAUUGAGAGCAAGAGGAUCAGGUGGGGGCAGGUCAGGGAGGCCGUUUUGGAUUACAAGACCUGGAUGUUCUUUUCGCUCGGACUCGUCGGUAACAUCCCUAACGGAGGGAUCAGUAACUUCUCGACGCUCGUCAUCAAGGGACUCGGAUUCGACACGUUCCACACGGCGCUCUUGGGUAUCCCUCAGGGCGCGCUGGUAUGUAUCUGGAUCUUGCUAGGAGCUUUCUUGAAUAGCAAGAUCGGGAACAAUAGCAGGACGCUCGUCUGCAUGCUCUUCAUGUUACCCACCAUCGCUGGAGCCCUAGGGUUCCUCCUGGCUCCCAACGACGCCUACGUCGGCAGACUGAUCUGUUUCUACCUGACGGGGUCUUAUCAGUCUUCCUUCGUCUUAGCGCUGUCGUUGAUCACCUCGAACACGGCCGGGCAAUCGAAGAAGAUGAUAGUAUCCGGAGCUAUUUGGGCGGGGGCGAGUAUAGGAAAUAUCGUCAGCCCGUUCUUCUACUUGACGAGCCAGGCGCCCAAGUAUCAGCUAGGGAUUGGGAGUCUGUUGGUAGCGAAUUGUUUGGAGCUGGGGUUGUUCGUCGCUUUCCGGUAUGUGUUCAUUUGGGAGAAUAAGAAGAAGGAGAGGGUGGUACAGGAGAUGAUCGCGAAUGGGCAGACGGUGCCGAGGGAGGUGGAUACGGCGUUUAGCGAUUUGACGGACAAGGAGAAUAUCAACUUCCGUUACGUUUAUUAAAGGAAGGGGAUCUCAUAUCCGGGAAACGGAUGAUCGCAUGCGAAGGUUCUGAACUUGUAAAGCGCCAUCGUCUUUUGCCGGAAGAGCGACAUGUACGGUCGUCUGUAUAGUACUAUCAUUGGCGAACAAAGCAUUCCUGCUGUAUACUAGGG